AUGGCUCCCUUCGAAAUCAACAAGCUAAAGUUCCUUGUGAACUGCGGCGCGUUCGAUCGGUAUCUAAAUGGUGCCCCCUCUGGUGUUUUGACCCUCCUAGCAUACCAAAGAAAUGCGGAUGAUGAAGUCAUCGUCUAUGUUGGAGAGGUGUUUUGCCGAGUGCCGGACUGCGAGCAUAGAAAAGCUACCCCCGUUGCUGCCGCCCCGGCUAAGCGCCCUCUUCUACUGAAGAGAGGUGGUGAGGUGAACAAGGGCGAAGUCCUUCGCAUCCUGGGUCUUAAUGCCCGAAAGGAUGUCCCCUGCGCUGCCUGUAAGGCUGCAGACCUGCCGAAAAGAUGCAUUUUCAAUAAGGCAAUCUGCGAUCAUCUAGCUACCUUUGAUAUCCCUGAGGAAAGCUAG